AUGUCUGUCCGACUCGCCCUGAGGUCUUUGACUCGUCACUGUCAUUUCUCCGUCGAAGAUUCGAAAUGGCUUACACUUCCACCUGUGAAUACCACCAGCGUCAACACUUGCUCCAACCAACUCUCUUCCUCCACUUCCACUACUGCCCUCAAAUGGGUUACACGUUGCUGCCCCCAACUACCCAAAACCCUUGUCCACAAACUCUUUCGUCUCAAACAAGUUCGAAUGCUUCCACCACAAGAACAAGAGCAAGAUCAUAAAUUCAAAAAGGUGACUCCUAAGGAUACCUUGAACGCCGGAGAUCGUAUAUUUCUUCCACAUUCUGUCAAACAACAAACUCCUGCACCGCCCAAACGUCUGGACUCUCCCCUCACUCCGACUCUCACUUCCAAACAAAUCAAUUUUAUGAGUGCUCUUGUUAUCUACAAGGAUGCUGAGAUUCUUGUCCUCAACAAACCUCCCGGAAUGCCAGUACAGGGUGGCAUUAAUAUCAAAUGGAGUUUAGAUGAUGUAGCUGCAUCUUGUUUAAAGUAUGAAUGCCCUGAAUCCCCUCGUCUUGUGCAUAGACUAGACAGAGACUGUUCUGGAAUUCUCGUCAUGGGAAGAACAAAGACAAGUACUACGGUUCUGCAUUCCAUCUUCCGCGACAAAACUUCUAGGGCUUCCGAUGAUAAUGGCACGGAAAAGAGAAUCCUACAAAGGAAGUAUUGGGCACUGGUGCUCGGAUGUCCUAGACGUUCAAGUGGCUUGGUUACUGCUCUGCUGGGUAAGGUGGUGGUUGACAACGGAAAAUCUGAUCGAAUAACUAUCGUUGACAAUUCUACAUCACUGUCACCCCAACAUGCAAUUACAGAGUACCAGGUGAUUGCAUCAUCAUCUCAUGGUUAUACAUGGCUGGAGCUUUCCCCCUUAACUGGUAGAAAACACCAGCUCCGAGUCCACUGUGCUGAGGUGUUAGGUACACCAAUAGUUGGAGACUACAAGUAUGGAUGGCAAGCUCAUAAGAAGUGGGGACAGUUUGAUUUGUCUAAUACGGAGGACUCAACUGAAGAGCUUUUGAAGGAAGAGGCACUGCCUUUUGGCCUUAACUUGAACAAGGGGAGCAUCUCUGACAAGCGUCCUCAUUUACAUCUUCAUUGCAAGCAAAUAGUCUUGCCUGAUAUAUCUCAAGCACUGCAAAAUGUGCAAUCACUAUCAGCUUUAAGUUAUGACCUUUCAGCAGUUAAAGCACUUGAGUUGGAGGCGGAUUUGCCUCCAUUCAUGAAAAAGAGUUGGGAUGUGACUUAA